AUGGACAAGAACGAACUUGUAGCCUGGAUCAACCUCGUCGCCGGCAAAAUCGAACACCUCGAGCAAACAGAUGACCUCCUGCUCCGAAACCUUGUCUCCAGUCACAUCGCAAGACUCGAGGAGACAGAAGAGAUCUACCUCAGCAUGUUUCAAACCCGAACCGCCAAUGGUGUCCGUGUCUUUAACGCCUCUCUCAUGAUGCAACCGGAGAGGAUCAGUCUCUAUUUGAUCCGCCAGCAGAUAUACUACACUGCCCUUGAACAUCAUGUACUGAUUCAAGUACUCCGUCAACUCGAUAUCAACAUGGCGACGGUGCGUAGCCUUGCUGUGUCAAAUAAGAUGGUGGAGCGACUGGAGCAACUCCGCCUUGAAGAGAGAGCUUACUUGGCGGAUACCGAUGCACUUAGGGCGGGGAACCAACCCAACCUCCAGAACACCAGCUUUUUGAUCAAGAAGGUCGUCGACUAUUUCGUAAAUGACUCAUACAAGUACUUCUAG